CCUGGAGGGAAAAAACUGUCCGUUUGCCGCCUGACUUGUAUCUAAAAGUUGUUGGCGGACUGCAAGGACAUGCAGCGUGAGCUCCUGUUCAAAGUGUUGGUGAUCGGCGACCUGGGCGUCGGCAAGACGUCCAUCAUCAAGCGCUACGUGCACAGCAUCUUUUCGCAGCAUUACCGCGCCACCAUUGGCGUCGACUUUGCCCUCAAAGUCAUCCAAUGGGACCACGAUACCGUCGUCCGCCUGCAGCUGUGGGACAUCGCAGGACAGGAGCGCUACGGCAACAUGACGCGUGUCUACUACCGGGAGGCGGUGGGCGCGCUGGUGGUCUUCGACUGCACACGAGCGUCCACUUUUGAUGCCGUACUCAAGUGGAAGGACGACCUGGACUCCAAGGUCACAUUGAACAACGGGAAGCCGGUUCCAGCAGUCCUCUUAGCUAACAAGGCUGACCAAGCAGCGAGCCAGCAUCCCAGAUUGGAUGCCUUCUGCAGGGAUAACGGCUUCGUGGGCUGGUUCCAGACCUCAGCCAAGGAAAACAGCAACAUCGAGGAGGCGGCUCACUGCCUGGUGGAGAAUGUCCUGAGCAACGAUGAGAGCACCCCCGUCGAGAGAGAGCCCACCACCCUGGUCCUGUCGGGAUACGCCAACGCCACCAAGGAGCACCUCGGCUGCUCGUCGUGUCCCAAAUGACCAUUCGUACCCUGGCCAAUAGACAAGCAGGAUGUGGACGCAGUUAAGGGACUUUAACAACUAGUUCGAAAAAGAAUCAACCAUUUUAAUUAGGGGUGGAAACUUCUGGGUACUGUAGAUAUAUAUUGCAUUUUAUUCACAUAAACAUAUAUCCAUUCAUUUCACAUCAUUGCACAUAGUCAUUCUUUGUUCUCAAGGACAAAGACUCUUGCUCAAGGUCGUGAGCAAGGAGUUCUCCUCUGAUAAAGCUUUCCAAUGUUUUUUAUCUAAUGGGUUGGCACUAGGCUAAUGCUUGAGAAAUCGACUAAUAUAAACUGUAUGAACUUGAAAGUCAGGGCAGAUCCACUCGGGAGCGACUCGUGGUGCUUCCGGGGGCGAAUCCGUCCUGGCUGGACGGCGUUCCCUUUUUUCUUUUCUCACUAAAUGUACACUCGGUAUUUUCUUUUUGUUCCUGAAUUGUGUGUUGUCAUCUCCUGUUCGUCAAGGGAAUUAAAGAACCUGUUAAAAGAAAUAUCGACUUUUUCUUUCAGUACCUCACGAUACGAUUUGUGAUACAAGGCUCAGGAUCACAAUAAUCUCACGAUAUGGUGAAACAACAUGGGA